UCUAGGCUGGCUUUGAACUGAGAUCUUCAGAUUUCAUCCUCCUUCAUAGGGUUACAGGCAUGAGCCACCAGCUCCUGGCUUUUCAUCCGCUUUUUACUUGCUUCCUCUAAGGAAGGAUUUUUCUAUCUUUCAUUAGCUACUCUGGGUUGAAAAUCAUCAACCUACUACUAUAGAUGAGUUAUGCCAUUUGUAAGUAGAACAAAGAAAAGCAUUCGGCUGUAUGGCAAGUUGAAUUUGGACUUGUGCUUGCUAGGCAGGUAGUCCACAUCUUGAGACACAUCUCAAAUCUUUUUCUUUUAAUUAUUUUUUAGUAUAUGAUCUCAAGUUAUUUGCCCAAGAAUAAGUCUAAAAAUGAUCUCCCAACCUAUGCUUCUUAUGUACCUGGGUUUACCAUGACGGCACCAAGCUGACUUGUUAACAUGGAGUCUCCGUAACUUUGUGUUGGGGCUUGGCUCAAAUUCUGUUCCUCCUUAUUUCUACUUCUGAGUAACCGGGAUUAUAGGUGUGAGCUGCUGUGCCCAUUUAAAACAGAGAGAAAGUUAUACCCACUUUCUCUUGUUCUUUUUUGAUCGGCUACAGGUUACUAAGUAGCUGGCAGCCAGCAUCUCUUUCUUAGGUCUUUAUGCCUUUCACAGUGAAUAAAUAUGCAAGUACAUAAUUUGGACGACGGCAGGUAACUUAAAAGUUAUAGAAAUGGGACGCCGAUCAUCCGACACUGAAGAAGAAAGCAGAAGCAAGAGGAAAAAGAAACACCGAAGACGGUCAUCUUCAAGUAGUUCUUCCGAUAGUAGAACGUACAGCCGAAAGAAAAGUGGGAGAAAAUCCAGGUCAAAUUCAAGGUCUUGGUCCAGAGAUCUUCAGUCCCGUUCACAUUCUUAUGAUAGAAGACGCAGGCACCGGUCAAGCAGCAGCUCGUCUUAUGGCUCUAGAAGAAAACGAAGUCGAAGUCGUUCACGAGGUCGGGGCAAAUCCUAUAGACUUCAAAGGUCUAGGUCAAAAAGCAGAACAAGAAGGUCCAGGUCAAGACCUCGUCCGCGUUCCCAUAGUCGAAGCAGUGAACGGUCCAGUCAUAGAAGGACUCGAAGUCGAUCCCGGGACAGAGAUCGCCGUAAAGGCAGAGACAAAGAGAAGAGAGAAAAGGAGAAGGAUAAAGCCAAGGACAAGGAAUUGCACAACAUCAAACGUGGGGAAUCUGGAAACAUCAAAGCUGGAUUAGAACAUCUGCCACCAGCAGAGCAGGCCAAAGCCCGGUUACAACUGGUCCUUGAAGCUGCUGCCAAAGCUGAUGAAGCAUUGAAAGCCAAAGAGAGAAACGAGGAAGAAGCAAAGAGAAGGAAAGAGGAAGACCAGGCCACCCUGGUGGAGCAGGUGAGGAGAGUGAAGGAAAUCGAAGCUAUUGAGAGCGAUUCCUUCAUCCAGCAGGCGUUCCGGUCGAGUAAGGAAGUCCGGAAGGCAGUGGAGCCCAGUGAGGUGAAGCAGACGGCCCCAGCAGCAGCACCCCCAGUGGUGGUGGCAGAUCCACCCAGUGCCGCGAAGGAGCUCGACCCCAGCAGCAUCCCCACGGCCAUCAAGUACCAGGAUGACAAUUCCCUGGCUCAUCCCAACUUAUUUAUUGAGAAAGCUGAAGCUGAGGAAAAGUGGUUCAAGAGAUUGAUUGCCCUUCGACAAGAAAGAUUAAUGGGAAGUCCUGUCGCCUAAAAACAAAUUGCUUAUGGUUAACAGUGACAUUGCUUAUAGUUAAGUAACGUUGGCAGUUAGGGUUUUAAAUCCCCAUACAACUUUUGCACAUAAAAAGAAUUCAGCUGAGUAUAUAAAAAGGUGACUUCAUGUCCUUCCCUCAUGUAGGUAUGAAUAUUUGUUGAUUUUAGCAGAGUCAAUUUAACAUAGAAGUGUAAAAGUAUGAAGUGUAAGAGUACAUGCAGAUGUUAUACUGCUAACAGUGCUUAUCAUAAAAUCUCCAAUGUUAAUAAAUGGUGCUCAGUAGUGUUUCCCUGUACAAUUAGGAAAUGUCAACUUGUUGACUUGUUAUUGAUUAAUUAAGUACAUCAAAGAACCAGAUUAUUUGCUAUGAAUAUGAGCUUUCAUCUCCCAUGUACUGUGAAACCACUUUGAGUCCUUUCUCUCACCUUUUUGAAAAUGUUUCAGCACAAUAAAAGCACCCUAUCAGCCAAAUGAGCAUGUGAAAGGAGUAGCAUGUUUGUUGUUCAAAAUCUUGAGAAUUAAGUAAAUGCACAGUUUUUGCCUAGAGCUUAGCUGCUUCUAGCUGCUCCUCCGGAAGCUCUGAGGCGAUCCCAGCCCAUUAUGACAAAAGUCAGUCACUCAUUGUCUUAGUCAGGUAGGUAUGAGAGAACACCUGGUGUAACAUAAAGAGGGAAAGGUUUGUUUUGGCUCCUGGUGCCUGUGGUUUUAGCCCCAGUUCGGCUGGCUCCAUCUUGUUUAUCCCCAGGGCAAAUGGAAAAUCAUGUCUGCUCACCUGAUGUGACCAGGAAGCAGAGAGAGAGAAACAGAGACCAGCAGAUGAGGCUAAGAUCCGCACACCCCACUGUCCUACUUCCUCUGCCCAGGCCCCACCGGCUAGCCAUGGCUCAGCUGUGAACUCAUCAAUGGGUUAACCUGCUGACCCUGUUAGCAUCUUCGAGGUCCAAUCAGCUCUCAGUAAAUACCACCACCAGCUGGGGCCUAGCCUUCCACUCACCCUGUUUAGGGAGGGGAACUUGGUAUCAAAUCACAGCCAACAUGCUGAACCUAACCCAUCUCCAAACACCCACGAAGCAGCUCCACCACCGAGGAGACCGGCCAGGGGUGGUUCUCAUCAGGACCCCGUCGUGGGGGAAUGCUGCUCCUCCGCAGCAGGGACUGACAGCCGUACUUUCCAGAUGUGAGGCCUUUGGACCUUGCUUCACCAAUCUCGCUUUCAACCUCCGGCGUGGCUCCUUCCCCUUUCCAUUUGGCUCUGUCCUCAUGCAGUCUCUGGGGACUGUACUCAGAACACAAGCAUAGCAAGUCCUUGGCACUGGGUUGCCAGCAUAUAGGGCAUUUCAGUGCUGUUUUGUUUUGGGAUUGUUUUUGUAUUUCUGAAAUGACUAUGGUUCUAAGCUUUGUUGAAAGUCAGCGUGUGAAGCGUGUAACCUCCGUUACAGGGGUCAUGGGAAUGCCUGGGCCGGGGCACACUCGUGUUCCUCUAGUGAUGCCGUAGUGUUCUUUAGAGAAGUGGCCGCUGGGAGGUCCAGUCUGUGAAGCUGCGGUGGAAAGCCACACUUUCUUAGUGAUUUUUAGAAAGAAAUUGGUGUUGGAAUUACCUUGUAUUUGAGUUUUUUACACAGCUUGUAGACUAUACAGGUGCUCCCUCCCCCUGGAGAAAUAUCCAUUGGUGGUUGGACAAGACUGUGGCUGUCAUUUGGGCCACCCACGUGGUUCAGAGAAGCUGGGCUGGGCCGUUCUCUCGGAGGCCCGAAAAGGGGUGAGAUUAUUAUGAACCCCCCCCCAAAAAAAAAAACCAGACUCUUCAGCUGAAUCGAUUUGUAUUUGAACUUACAUGCUUCCUGGAAAGGAGAAAAUAAAGCUGGAAUUUAAUUUUUUAAUGAACUGAAUACCUUGAUCCCUGAAGGAACUCAUCUUGACCAGUCACUGACUGUGUUUACCUGUGCCAUCCACACCACCCACAGAAGCUAAGUCAAGUAUAACAAGAAAGACUUCACAAAACACAGCCAAGCGCAUCAGCUCCCCCCCCCCCCCGCUCUAGAAGGCAGCCAGACGCGCGGGAGACCCUGCGUACUUUGUGAAGCGCUGAUUUCUUAUGAAGCAAAAGGCGCUAAUAAUUCCUCAUGAGUUCUUAAGAUGGAUAUUGGGGGAGUCCCAGGGAAAAUGGAAUGGAAUAAGAACGUUGCUGGGUACAGAGCAAGAUAGCUGAGACGCGCAGAGAACACGUGGUCCUCGCUGGCUGGCUUCUGCGUCCGGCACGUCGGGUGAGCUCAGUAAUAGCAGACUGAGCACUGUCGUGUGUCAGUAAAACGAUGGAGGAAGUCCGUCUUACGAACGCAUCCCGUGCGUGACAUGGGGAAUUCGGUGGUGUAACGUGGCCAGCCAUUUGCCUGUUGUACGCUGCCCCUCUUGUAGCUGCCCUGGCCAGUUGCUCUCAUUGUCGCUCUGUCCUCCAUCUUGCUCCCAGCCCUGGCCAUGAGGAGCCCAAUUGGCCUGGCAUGGGUUACCUACCCUCUGUGGACUGUAGGAAGCUCAAGUCUUCUUCAUGGUCAGGUCUAUAAAAAUAAAUAAGUGAAUUGUACAACCAGGACAGCCUAUGUGGCGCCUUCUCCCUAGUGCCGGGACUCGUGGCGGUGACGCGUGAGUGUGAGCCGCGUGUAUUCCACACUUUGGGCAUCACAGGUCGGCCCCUUAGCUGCUUUGAUUUCUCUUCGUCCAGAGUGAUAGAUCAGCUUUCAAGCAGCGAAGGCUGCUGAUACGGUAAGACAAUACUUUGCACUCAAGCACACACCACUUUAUUUUUAGGCUGGUGAGGAAUGGCAAACGGAUCCCGCAGGUCGGAGUGAUGAACUGAGCUGACCUCACUCCCGUAGCGUGGCGUGGGGCAGGCUCGCUUCACAAGCUCCCUGAGAACCCACUGCCCAGAUCGCUCCUUCAGUACGAGUCAUGGCUGCAGUCUCUCCUACCUGUACGGAUUCCAAGAACAUCAGACCAAGAAUG